CGACAGCAACGGCGACAAGACAAGAAGCAAGAAGCACGACACAACACCCAUACACGCAAARACACRUAUACAAACUCGCACACCACAAUGGCCAGCAAGGAAUUCGAGGGGGACGCCGGUGCCCCGCUYCCMGAUUUCUCGGGGGCCCGGAACAUCUCMYUGACGACRGUCGCCCCGGCCCUCGGYGUGAAAGGCCAGGCYCAGCCYGACUACCUCGACUUUGACCAGAAGGGCCGCGGCGUCGUCGUGACCAUGUUUGCCAACGCCGGCCUUUCCUACCUGAUGGGGAUCGGCGCCGGUGGACUCUACGGCCUGCAGAGGGGGAUCGCUUCGACGCCCUCGUCCAAGUUYAAGGUCCAGGUCAACUCCGUUCUGAACAAYGCCGGCCGCUACGGGAGCCGGGCGGGGAACWCCCUGGGGGUCUUAGCCGUGAUGUAUUCCCUCWUCGAAGGACUGGGAGACAMCGUGAGUUUUCGGUUGCGGAUGCGGCGAAUCCCGCCGUGCCACCCCUAUUAUAUCGAUUUCUUUGCUGCUGCUUCCAUCGCACUGUGCUUCUUGUUGCGUUUCGAUCCGGGAAAGAUGUGUCGUUUUUUCGUUUACUCACUAUUGCUCGACUUUCACAAUAUUCUCCAAUUAUUUUGCAYAUCGGACGCAAACAAAUACAUAAAAAUACGCAACAAAUCGAUGGCAUUUCCGAAAAAACACGCUAACCGAAAACCAACAAAACCAAAACGAAAUAACCCGCUGUAUUGYAUUGCUUUGCACUGGAUUCACGCAGCUGGAACUCGAUCGGUAUACCGGAAUCGAAUCCRCUGCUCCGCCGCUCGCCGCAAUGUUGACGGGGCUUACGUAUUUUGCACCCUCGGGAGUGAGGGUGGCAGCGCUGGGCGGUGCCAUCGGCUUUGGAGCCGUCGGUGCUACCUACGCCGGUUACGCGGCCACGGGCAAGGCCUUUGGAAGCGCCACGUUCCUGUGGUUUUGAGAGAGACGAAGGCCUUAGAUCCUUGCCUCGAUCGAAGCGAACCGAUACGAAGUGGCGCACGAAAAUUGACAAAAGGCAUGGUGUGUCACGACCACCAGUACCCCGCACCAUAAUGAGGCUUCUUUUCUGAAACCCUUGUAUAAAUAUGCCAUGCCACCGAGAACAUCAUCAUUUUWAAAAUGAAAUACUAUAAAGAAA